AUCAGAUAAGUGAGGGAUGGGGGGAAGCCUACAGAUUAAGUGAGGCAUUUGGGGGGGCAGCCUUCAGAUCAGGUAAGUGGGGAAUGGUGGCCAGCCUACAGAUCAGGUAAGUGAGGGAUGGGGUCUAGGUGAAAGAUCACAGGCAUAGGGGGCAGCCUAAAGAUCAGGUAAGUGAGGCAUAGGGGACAGUCUAAAGAUCAGGUAAGUGAGGGGGGCAGCCUACAGAUCAGGUAAGUGAGGCAUAAGGGGUCAGCCUACAGGUCAGAUAAGUGAGGGGUGGGGGAGGCAGCCUACAGAUCAGGUAAGUAAGGCAUGGGGAGCAGCAUACAGAUCAGGUAAGUAAGGCAUGGGGGGCAGCAUACAGAUCAGGUAACUGAGGCAUGGGGGGCAGUCUACAGAUUAGGUAAGUGGGGCAUGGGGGAACAGACUAUAGAACAGGUACGUGAGGGAUGAGCGAAAACCUACAGAUCAGGUAAGUAAGUUAUAGGGGGGACAAAACAAAAAGAGAAUAAAAGUAGAGCCAAAUAACAGGUACACUUUAGGAAACGGGGGGUAACCCCAAAUGUAACAUAUCAAGAAAAACAGGAAGUGUACCUACAUGUUAUAUAUCUAAAGUACAGAGCAAAAUGUGGUUCAAUAAUGGGUAUAUCAAUCUCAGACAAUAAUGCUGAGAAGGUAUACUAUUUUGCAAAGUAUACCACUGAAAUAUAAUCCAAAAAGGAAAAAAUAAAUAAAUUUUAUUAAUAAAUGUUAAAACCAAAAACAUACAAGUGUACACUGGUGAAGACCACACAAAAAAAAGUGCUACAAUAACUACCUAUGAAUAAAUGUGCAAAUAAAAAAAUGAAAAAAAUCUGAAAAAAAUCUCAAUCAGUGGUUUUAGUCUUAUGUAUCAGGACUGGAAAGCAAUCACCGGGUCACUUGGUAGUUGUACCCAAAAUUCAAAAGAAGUGCUGAUGAAUAUCAGCAACUAAUGCAGCUAUAGCAAGUGUUCAGGGAUUGUAACCAGUGUUAUAAGAAAUGGUUUGGAUGAUAAUAUAGAAAGAUACAGAGCGGAAAGCACAGCUUUGCAUAUAGAGUAGGAUGAUGUAGGUCUCGCCAAAUGCGUUAGCAACAAUGUAACUGAAACUACUAAUAGAUGACAAGAUUCAAUGUGUUCAUGAUAAAACUUAGUGGACAGCUUCAACUACUGCAGCUAUGUUAGAAGAAAGAAAUCCAAAAAGUGCAUACUGGCAACCAGAUAUUGAAACUGGCUGUGUGUUGCUGCUAUAACAGUGAAUGACCUCAGUGCCUGUACGGGCAACUAACAAUCAUCCCGCUCAUACGGGGUGAGUAAGGCAUAAAGGUAACCGUAAGAAUAACGGUUAGGCUCAAUAUAGAGUAACUUUAUCCUAAAUUCAACUGAUACAUAGUGUGAUGAUAAACUAUGAAUCUGAAGAUAAAUAGUUAGCUGUAAAACUAGUGCCUUCGAGGGCACCUACCUAUAGUCCUGCUAGAGACAGUAAAAUAGAUGAAAAGAAAAAGAGAGCCGUGAAAACGAUAAUGGAGCUCUCAAAUUAACCAUAGACAGAAAUAGAAGGAGUGCCUAUAAGCAAGCUGGAAAAAUCCUAUACUAACACUCCCCGUGAUAAAAGCUAAAGCUGUGCUGUAAACUGUGCCUUCAAGGGCACCUGCCGCUAGUCCCACUGAAAAUGAGAAAUCAAUGUAAGUUAACUCUAUCACUAAUAAGCUACCUAACUGAGUGUGCUAAAAAAUCGUACGCACGCUCAAAGGAUUGAUUAAUAUGAAUUAGAAGUGAUAGGAAUCAAAUAGCAUGGUUGCAGAUCAAAGUACUUCACCCCCGAUCAUAGGGGAAGUACUGUGUAACGCCCUGACGCGCGCGUUUCGCCCGACCUGGCUCGUCAGAGGGGAACCGGUCGGUACACUUCGUCUGGUUUAAAUCUGUGAAGAAAUGUUUCUAUUGGUUAGUCAAAAAAGUUCCUGAUUGGUGCAACCUCGUUAAUGUUGUGACGGAAUCAAACUCGUUUCAAGGGGAGUAGAUUAACCCUUACUCUGCCAAGUUCUUUGACUAAAUUUAGUAGGCGAUCAUAAUUAAAGAAAAAGAGCCAUAUUUGAAGAGAUUAGGUGUGAAGGAUAUUAUGAAUAUAGACGAGUUUCUCUAAAUAUUGCUGGUUAAGAGAAUAAAGAGAGCAAACAAUAUAACUAAUAUAGAUGAGAAACAAUAAAGAAAAAAUCUGAUCAUAAAGGAAAAUAUAUGUGUGUAUGCAAAGACACAAAUGAUUGGUGAGUAUGUUGUUAUAAUGGAGAAAAGGUUAUCUGUCAUAAUGAAUAGUAGCCUAAACACUGCAAAUUAGUACACCAAAGCAUUAGCCUAGAGAGGAUGGUAAGUACUUAUGUAGGUAAAGAUGACCAAAAUUAAAGGCAUUAAAAUUAUAAAUAUAAUAUUAGUAGAAAAUGAGUCCAUAAUAGGCUGGCCAUAAAGUAAAAGGACCAGAGUAGUCUGAGUUCAGUGCUAGGCCCAUCGUUUGUUAAUGUAUGAACGGGGUAAAGUUGAACUCUUCGUUCAGACCAUCAGGUGCUAAUGUUUUUAAAAAAAUAAAUCCAUCUAGACUCUUUCAUUAGGAGUAUUUUAUUGAAGUUCCCUUUCCUAGUGUUUAGGGUUAAUUUCUCCAAUGCUUGGAAUGUAAGAUGUGUUGGAUCAGCCUGAUGGAAAUUUCGAACAUGGUUUGCUACUGGAGUCGAGAUAUUUAAGUUGGUAACAGAGCAAAUGUGUUGUAGUAUCCUUCGUUUUAAUUGCUGGUAGGUUUUACCUACAUAUUGGAUGCCACAGCUACAUGUAAUUAAAUAGAUCACCCGAGUAGAGCUACAGUUGAUAAAUUCCUUAAUUUUGUAUUCUUUUUUUGUUAUAAAGCUUGUUAUCAUUUUGGUGGGUUUAAUGAAUUUACAUGCCUUGCAAUGCCCGCAGCGAUAAAUCCCAGUAGUCUGGGUUAACCAAGUGGAUUGGGAUGGUUUCAUAGGUUCAAUAUGACUAUGAACCAAGAUGUCUCUCAGGUUUUUUGCCCUACGUGCCGUGAUUUGAGGAAAAUUCCCAAUAUUAUCAGCAAGAUCUAUGUCAUGCUGAAGUAUUGGCCAGUUGUGUGUCAUUAUUUUUUGUACUUUGUCCCAAUAUAAAUCAUACGUGCCUACACAGCGAGUUAUUUUCGUUUCUGACUUAGGUCUACUCGACCUUAAGCUUUCACUUCUAUUUAUUAGUAGUGCUCGUUGGUAGGCUCGUUUAAGGAUUCUAUUUGGGUAGCCUUUCUGUUUAAACAUAGUUCUUAAUUUGUUGGCUUCCCUUUGGAAAGAUGUUUCAGUGGAACAAUUGCGCCUGGCGCGCAAAUACUGGCCAAAGGGUAUACCUGACUUUAACUUAACUGGAUGAUAACUAGUCCAGUUAAGUAGACUGUUGGUUGCUGUAUCUUUCCUGAAAAGUUCAGUUUCUACCUUCCCAUCUUCCAAAACUGUGAUGUUGAGAUCUAGAAAUACCAGGUGUUCAGAGUCUAUCACAUGUGUGAGUUGUAGGCCAAUGGUAUUAUUGUUUAGAUCUCUAACCAGUUUUUGGAAUUUAUCGACAGAUCCUAACCAAAAGACCAGUAUGUCAUCAAUGUAUCUAUGCCAGCUAUAGAUACAAGUGUCAUACUGGUCUUUGGUGAUAGCUGGCAAAAUGGUCUCCUCCCACCAGCCCAAGUAUAGGUUGGCGUAGCUGGGAGCACACGCCGUACCCAUCGCGGUCCCUUUGAGUUGUAGAUAAUAUUGUCCAUUAAAGACAAAAAAGUUAUGAGUGAGUACAAAUUCCAAAAGUUUGACAAUAAAAUUGAUUUGUGCUGCUGAAAAGCCUGGUGUUUUAUUGAGAAAGUACGACGUGGCUAAAAGACCUAUAUUAUGAGGAAUAUUGUUGUAGAGAGCUACAACGUCUAAGCUACCCAACAUACAAUAGGGAGGGACCACUAAGUCCUCAAGUAGUAACAAUGUUUGUUUGGUAUCUUGAAGAUAGGAUUUUAGUUUAAUAACCAAAGGAUGUAAUAAUUUCUCUAGAAAUUGACUGCUUCUCUCAGUAAUGGAGCCAUUCCCUGAAAUAAUUGGUCUGCCCGGAGGUUUAAUUGGAUUCUUAUGAAUUUUGGGAAGGCAAUAGAAGGUGGCAAUUGUUGGAGUCAUAUUAGGGAUAAUGAAUUUAUAUUCUUCCCUAGUAAUGAUACCAUCCAAUUCUGCUGUAUCCAAAAUACUUUUUAAUUCAAUCAAAAAUUCUGUGGUAGGGUCCUUUGGAAGGUGACUGUAAUGUUGUUCAUCUUGGAGAUGUUCCAUGCACAUCUCAAUGUAAUUACUUUUAUCCAAAAGGACCACAUUACCACCUUUAUCAGACGCCUUGAUUACCAAAUUUGGUUCAUGGCUAAGUUCUGUCAAAGCUCUUCUCUCCGCUGUGGUUAAAUUAUCCUCACAUCUAGUAGGAGUCUCUAGGGAUUCAAUUUCAUUAGUGGUCAUUUUUAUAAAUAGGUCUACACUUGAGACUUCCUUGAGGUUAGGGGUGAACCAACUUUCUGGCUUAAGAUUAGUGAGUGGUUGAGCCAAAUCCUGUUCAUUUAGUAAGGAUAAUAAUGUUUGAUAAUGCUGAUAAUCAAUGUUUGAAAAACCAGCUUCUUUGGCCAGUUUUUGAUUUUUUCUCUUGUGUACCACAUUCAAAGCCAGUUUUCUACCAAAUAGAUUUGUAUCUUUUAUCCAGUCAAAUUUGUUGGGAUUAGGGGUAGGUACAAAAGACAGACCUUUGUUAAGAAGUGAAAGGUGAUGAGUUUUAAGUGUGAAUGUCGACAAAUGUAUUAUUCGAUUAGCAUCACUCGUUGUUAGGUCAGGUUGAUUCUUUUGUCUGGUUUGUAUCCCCAUUUUUUCCGAUCCCUUAGUCUGCCACCUGAUGGAAGUGGCCAAUCCUCCUCUAAAAAAGGAGAUGAGGAAGAUUUUUCUACCCUCUCUGUUUGUUUAGUGGUAUCGUGGUUCCCAGAUUCUGAAUUAGCUGGAAAGGUCACACCUCUAUUAGGCUUUUUAAGGAUGCUUCUACCCCUAGUCUGAUCUGAAUAGUCUCUAGUUCUCCGGUUACUAUUUGAUCUGGAUGAGCCCGAAUCGGAGUCCAUCCAGUCUGUGUUGCCUGAUGUAGAACUAUUUCUACUGAAAGUGCGGGUUCUUGGUUUUCUUUUUAAACGAAAAAUAUUCCCCUCUUUAAAAUCUUUGUGGUCUCUGAGAAAUUUCAGAUGUUUUUUCUCUUUAAUGUGUUUCUUAAAAGAGUCUAGAUUUUUUUGUAAUUUAUUUUCCAUAAGAGGAAACUCUGAUUGAUCUUUAAAGGUUUUCACAUUUAAUAGCUCUUUUUCUAAAUUCUGAUUCGUAAUCUCUAGAUUUUGUGACUCGAGUUUGAUUAAAAAUUGCAUUAAUUUUGCUGAGCAUUCCAAUAAAAUGCUGUUCCAUUCUUGGGUCUGCUCUUCAGUGGUAACUUUGUCGGGUAAAGGGAUCUCGGGUCUGAGCCCCCGUGGUACAAGUUUCUGAUCUAUGUACUGUUUCAAACUCACUAAUUCCCAAUAUCCUUUUAUCUGUUGUUGGUAUAAUUUCUGAAUGAGGAAAAAUACUUCACUCAUAUCAUUACCAGGUACUGUGUUUAAUGGAUUUAGUGAGAAGACAUUAUUUAUGUCAGUAGACCCAGGAUCGGGAUUUACCACGCUUGUUAAGAAAGUUGACAUGAUCUUAAAUCGACUUAACUAGGCUCUAAAUAUGGUAUUAAAACCAAAUGAGGAACAAAACAAAAAGAGAAUAAAAGUAGAGCCAAAUAACAGGUACACUUUAGGAAACGGGGGGUAACCCCAAAUGUAACAUAUCAAGAAAAACAGGAAGUGUACCUACAUGUUAUAUAUCUAAAGUACAGAGCAAAAUGUGGUUCAAUAAUGGGUAUAUCAAUCUCAGACAAUAAUGCUGAGAAGGUAUACUAUUUUGCAAAGUAUACCACUGAAAUAUAAUCCAAAAAGGAAAAAAUAAAUAAAUAGUAACCGGAGAACUAGAGACUAUUCAGAUCAGACUAGGGGUAGAAGCAUCCUUAAAAAGCCUAAUAGAGGUGUGACCUUUCCAGCUAAUUCAGAAUCUGGGAACCACGAUACCACUAAACAAACAGAGAGGGUAGAAAAAUCUUCCUCAUCUCCUUUUUUAGAGGAGGAUUGGCCACUUCCAUCAGGUGGCAGACUAAGGGAUCGGAAAAAAUGGGGAUACAAACCAGACAAAAGAAUCAACCUGACCUAACAACGAGUGAUGCUAAUCGAAUAAUAAAUUUGUCGACAUUCACACUUAAAACUCAUCACCUUUCACUUCUUAACAAAGGUCUGUCUUUUGUACCUACCCCUAAUCCCAACAAAUUUGACUGGAUAAAAGAUACAAAUCUAUUUGGUAGAAAACUGGCUUUGAAUGUGGUACACAAGAGAAAAAAUCAAAAACUGGCCAAAGAAGCUGGUUUUUCAAACAUUGAUUAUCAGCAUUAUCAAACAUUAUUAUCCUUACUAAAUGAACAGGAUUUGGCUCAACCACUCACUAAUCUUAAGCCAGAAAGUUGGUUCACCCCUAACCUCAAGGAAGUCUCAAGUGUAGACCUAUUUAUAAAAAUGACCACUAAUGAAAUUGAAUCCCUAGAGACUCCUACUAGAUGUGAGGAUAAUUUAAGCACAGCGGAGAGAAGAGCUUUGACAGAACUUAGCCAUGAACCAAAUUUGGUAAUCAAGGCGUCUGAUAAAGGUGGUAAUGUGGUCCUUUUGGAUAAAAGUAAUUACAUUGAGAUGUGCAUGGAACAUCUCCAAGAUGAACAACAUUACAGUCACCUUCCAAAGGACCCUACCACAGAAUUUUUAAUUGAAUUAAAAAGUAUUUUGGAUACAGCAGAAUUGGAUGGUAUCAUUACUAGGGAAGAAUAUAAAUUCAUUAUCCCUAAUAUGACUCCAACAAUUGCCACCUUCUAUUGCCUUCCCAAAAUUCAUAAGAAUCCAAUUAAACCUCCGGGCAGACCAAUUAUUUCAGGGAAUGGCUCCAUUACUGAGAGAAGCAGUCAAUUUCUAGAGAAAUUAUUACAUCCUUUGGUUAUUAAACUAAAAUCCUAUCUUCAAGAUACCAAACAAACAUUGUUACUACUUGAGGACUUAGUGGUCCCUCCCUAUUGUAUGUUGGGUAGCUUAGACGUUGUAGCUCUCUACAACAAUAUUCCUCAUAAUAUAGGUCUUUUAGCCACGUCGUACUUUCUCAAUAAAACACCAGGCUUUUCAGCAGCACAAAUCAAUUUUAUUGUCAAACUUUUGGAAUUUGUACUCACUCAUAACUUUUUUGUCUUUAAUGGACAAUAUUAUCUACAACUCAAAGGGACCGCGAUGGGUACGGCGUGUGCUCCCAGCUACGCCAACCUAUACUUGGGCUGGUGGGAGGAGAACAUUUUGCCAGCUAUCACCAAAGACCAGUAUGACACUUGUAUCUAUAGCUGGCAUAGAUACAUUGAUGACAUACUGGUCUUUUGGUUAGGAUCUGUCGAUAAAUUCCAAAAACUGGUUAGAGAUCUAAACAAUAAUACCAUUGGCCUACAACUCACACAUGUGAUAGACUCUGAACACCUGGUAUUUCUAGAUCUCAACAUCACAGUUUUGGAAGAUGGGAAGGUAGAAACUGAACUUUUCAGGAAAGAUACAGCAACCAACAGUCUACUUAACUGGACUAGUUAUCAUCCAGUUAAGUUAAAGUCAGGUAUACCCUUUGGCCAGUAUUUGCGCGCCAGGCGCAAUUGUUCCACUGAAACAUCUUUCCAAAGGGAAGCCAACAAAUUAAGAACUAUGUUUAAACAGAAAGGCUACCCAAAUAGAAUCCUUAAACGAGCCUACCAACGAGCACUACUAAUAAAUAGAAGUGAAAGCUUAAGGUCGAGUAGACCUAAGUCAGAAACGAAAAUAACUCGCUGUGUAGGCACGUAUGAUUUAUAUUGGGACAAAGUACAAAAAAUAAUGACACACAACUGGCCAAUACUUCAGCAUGACAUAGAUCUUGCUGAUAAUAUUGGGAAUUUUCCUCAAAUCACG